UUUUGUGGGCUGUGUGGAACUCGAAAUGACGUCCGGCCCCAAAAGAUAUAAAGAAGAAGAAAACUGUCAGUGUGGCUAAACAUGGAUCUCUACGAUGAUAUGAAUUUCUACUCCUCUCCGGACAAAUUUGUCGUGGAGCCCAAUGGCCAGGAGAAAUGUGACGUCUUGGUGAUUGAUCGAAUCACCCAAACUAUCAGUGUUGAAAUUCAUAAACCAGAUGAAUUUGUCCAUGUCAGUCCCCACAGGAGAAUCUGUGGGAUUCUGGGAACGAUAAAACUUCUUGCAGGGCACUACCUUAUUGUUGCAACACAUCGUGUAUUUGUGGGCGUGAUAAAUGGUCAAGCAAUUUGGCGCCUUGCUGGCUUUGAAAUUUAUCCCUACAUUCCGUCCUCAGGGCAUCUGAGUGAAAUCCAGAAGACCCAAAAUGAUUCCUAUCUCUACAUGAUCCGACGCACCCUUAGCACCCCCAAUUACUACUUCUCCUACACCUACGACAUCACUCACACCCUACAACGUCUAAACGGUAUGCCCCCGGAAUUCCUAAACACGGCACUCCUUGAACGAGCAGAUACACGCUUCGUCUGGAAUGGAUUCCUCAUGAGGGAGUUCCGACGCCCAGAAUGCCGCAAAUUUAGCCUCCCAGUCAUUCUUGGAUUUGUCUCAAUAAACCAAGUAAAUGUAAAUGGGAAUUCAUUCACGUGGAGCCUGAUUACACGGCGAUCAAUUCAUCGUGCUGGAACUCGUCUCUUUUGCCGUGGAAUUGAUCAGGAUGGAAACGUGGCUAAUUUUGUGGAGACGGAGCAGAUUAUUGAGUAUUUGGGUGAUAAGGUAUCCUUUGUUCAGACACGCGGAAGCAUUCCCAUUUAUUGGCGUCAAACACCAAACUUGAGAUACAAACCACCCCCAGAAAUUAUUCCUGACAUGGAUCACAUGACAGCCUUUGCGAAGCACAUGGACUCCCAACUCUUACACUACGGACGGCAAGUGCUGAUCAAUCUUAUUGAUCACCGAGGCGCCGAGGAUACGCUCGAGAAGGCGUAUGCAAAUGCCGUAGCAUUGCUGGGUAAUACUGCAGUGAGGUAUGAAGCAUUUGAUUUUCAUGCAGAAUGCAGGAAGAUGCGCUGGGAUAGGCUAAACAUCCUAAUUGAUCGUCUAGCGCAUGAACAAGAUGAGUUUGCUGUGUUCCACUUAAGACGCGAUGGAACACUCCUAUCGUCACAAGAUGGUGUCUUCCGGACAAAUUGUGUCGAUUGUCUGGACAGGACGAAUGUGGUACAGAGUAUGUUGGCCAAGAGAUCCCUUGCGCAGACUCUAACACGCCUAGGAAUCCUCCAGAGGGGACAAGCUAUUGAGAAUUGCUACGCCUUGGAGAUGCUCUUCAUGAAUGUUUGGGCAGAUAAUGCGGACUUAAUUUCAACACAAUAUUCCGGAACGGGGGCACUUAAAACUGACUUUACACGCACGGGGAAGAGGACAAAAAUGGGACUCGUUAAGGAUGGCAUCAACUCAAUAACGCGCUACUACAAAAAUAACUUCACUGACGGCAUGCGACAGGAUGGCAUUGACCUUCUUCUUGGGAACUAUGUGAUUCAGGACGGUGAGGGUGUCUCCAUUCCGAGUCCACUAAAUAGUCAACGUGGAUGGAAGUACCUCACAUUCCCAUCUGUCCUCAUGUUUGCCGUGGCAAUGUUCUUUGCCUCUUCCGUCUUCCCGCAGGAAUACAACACGGAAAAUCUUCUCUUUCUUCUCUUCUGGGGUGCUAUGGUGGGUGUCAGUACAGCUGGGAUUUUCAAGUAUGGCAAGGAAUUCGUAGAUUGGCCCAAACUUUUACCACCAUUCAAAGUGGACGCAUGAAAAUAACAAUUUGCUUCGAAAAAUAUUAAAUCUAAAUCAACUUUAAGCAGUUCUUGUCCUUUUUCACGAAACCCUCAAUCUGUGUAGUGUUGACCGAAGGGAUCUGCAAAAUUGUUCUAUAUGAAAGAUCAAAUAUAGAUUUUAUUUAAUUCAAUAUUAA